CUUUCUGUAAACACUGUCUUUUUGUCUUACCAUUUUUUAGCAAAAUUGUAGAGCAGCCUGAAACAGCAGCACUGUAAAUGACGAUGGUACCAGGAGUAGUACUUGAAGAUCCACCCAGAGAUCUAAAAUUUGAACACCAAACGCUGUUUACCACUGAUUGCAUACAAUUUCUUGCAGAGCUUAUCACAACAUUUGACAGUAAGGUGGAGAAGGUUUUACUGCAGAGGGCAGCCAGAAAAAUCCAUUUGGAUGUGUCUGGAGACCUCCCUGAAUUUUCAAGUCUCACCUCGCACAUCAGAGAUGACAAGGAGUGGAAGAUUCUUCCAGUACCUGAGAGACUGCAGAAUAGACACGUAGAUGUGGGAGAUCUUGCACCAUGUGACACUGAGCGUUUUCUUAAAGCUCUGAAGUCAGAUGCUCAGGGAAUACAGGUUGACUUUGAUGAUGGAAAUUGUCCAACAUACUCCAAUCAAAUUAAAGGGCUUUUUAAUGUUUAUAAAGCAGUCCGACAUCAUUUCAAAGAUACACCUCACAUCUCAGAAGCUCCAGUGUUAAUGCUGAGACCCAGAGCUUGGAACAUGGUUGAACACAACAUGAUGGUGCAAGGAAAGGAGGUUCCAGGUCCUUUGUUUGAUUAUGGUCUGUUGGUGUACCACAAUGGCAAACUACUAUUUGAGAACAAAAGUGGUCCAUUCUUUUAUUUGUCUAAGAUUGAAAGUCACCAUGAAGCAAGACUGUGGAAUGAUAUUUUUGCUUGGACUGAAGAAAAGCUGGGCUUACCAUGUGGCAGUAUUAAGGCCACUGUCUUAAUAGAAAAUGUUUUGGCUACAUUUGAGAUGGAUGAAAUACUCUAUGAGCUCCGUGAACACACUCUCGGCCUAAAUUGUGGAAUUUGGGAUUACUCUGCAUCUUUUGUCAAUAAGUUUGGUAAUCUUUCAGCAUUUUUGCUUCCUGACCGCAGUAAAUAUGUGAACAUGGAGAAGCCUUUUCUGAGAAGCUACAUGGAAUUACUGGUACAGACAUGCCAUAGACGGGGCGCGUUAGCCACUGGAGGCAUGGCGGCUGCAAUACUUCCCAGUGACAAGGGAAGCUCCCAGUACCACAGGAUACUUGAAAAGGUCACCAGGUUAAAGCUUCUGGAAAUCAAGGCGGGUAUCGAUGGGUUUCUAGUGUACGACCUUGACUUGAUAAAACCACUGCAAGAGCUUUUCCUGCAGCACACAAAUGGAAAAAAUCAAUUAGAUGUUCUGCGGGAAGAUGUGUCUGUAACGCGUGCAGAGCUGCUUACCAUGCCUUCAGGUGGUGUCACUCUCCAUGGACUCAAAUAUAACAUAGAAGUGGGCAUCCUGUUUGUGGCAUCAUGGCUUACAGGUAAAGGGCAUUUCAUCUAUCAAGAUCAGGUGGAAGAUUCAGCCACUGCAGAGAUCUCCAGAUCUCAGGUUUGGCAGUGGAUUCGCCACCAGGUCACUUUGGAAGAUGACAGCAGGAUGGUAACCCGAGGUCUAAUCCGAGACCUUGUUGAGGAGGGGAUUCGAGUGAAGCUUGUAGAUUUUCUACAGAGUAACACAACAAAAUACUCUGGAGAUCCAAGCAGUCAUGUUUGAUAAGGCAAUUACACCUUGGGAUGGAGCAGGGCAGAUGUGCACAGUUUGGUCUGACCGAGUGUGACCAUACAAGAAGGCAGGACAUGUUAGACAUGUACUUAAUUACUCAAUGCCACUGUUUAUUUAUUCAUCACCAUACAAGGUACGUAAGAUCUGUUACUGUGCCGGAAUGCAGAGGGAGGUCUUGUUAUACGCUAACUGCCUCAGACCCAUCAUGCACUUGGCAGCUUUGUGACCUGUUAUACAAACCUCAAGCACAGCAGCUCAUUCUGCUGCUCCCUGAAAUCGAAGCAUGUUAAGUUACAAGAUGUUCAUGUCCAUAAAAGUUGAAAACAAAUAAAUAAAGGUAACAACCUCUGUAGAAAUGUAUGAUGGCUCCUAGAUGGCUUGGUGACACUUAUGUUACAGUGACUAGACAUGUACUCCGCAUUUCCACUACAAGAAAAACAAACUGAUGGCUACGUUACCUAAAGAUUAUCAUGAUUCAGUAUUUCAAUGCCACUGUAAGUUAUCAGCUAAACACCACAAUAAUCCACAAUCUAUCAUGUUUGGACAAGGCAACAAUUUUAACUUGAGACUUCAGCAAAGAUUUAAAUUCUUUGAAAAAUCUUAUGUUUAAGGAAUUUCAAGUACAACUAGCCUCAGACCUGUCACACCAACAGCAGCACAUGGAUCUUCUCAGCACUUGAGUUGGAAUCUGCCAUCAAUGAAAGCCAUGUCAGCCACAUCAUAUUGGAAAAUGCUAUUAAAAAUAAGCCAGCACGCAUACAUUUUAAUACCACUUAUCUUUGAAUAUAACUCACUGUUACAAAAAAUGUAAAACAAAACUAUGAUAAUGAAUUUAUUAACGAAGUGACUAGAGGAUUUUCAAAACACUCCAACUUUCAAACGCAGUCUCCAAGCACACGUGAAGGUUACACCCUGUGGACAGUUUCUUUCUUGUUUUUGUUAGUUUCCCCUGAAUAGAAUCCUAAUAAUGACAAAUAACAACGAGGAGAGCAGCCACCCAGGCCAAACGCCUGUAACUGCUUCAGUGUCAGACCACUCAUUAAUACUCAUUAUUAAAUAAUGGAUUAAAUAACCAGAACAAAUCACAAUGAGGAGGAAAAUCUUAACAGCCAUUAAAAUACUAAAUUACUCCCAAGUAACAUACAUAAUGGUUAAAAUAAAAUUUUUAAUUAAAUAAAUGCAGUAAAACUAUGUUUUUGAAUUUCUACACUCACCCCAAAAUGUGCUUUAUUAGGCAGCCACAUGGUAACACCACACCCCCCCAGUACCACUGCAUUAGAAGUCACUGGAGAAAGAAUGGAGGGGGAGUAGAAGUCAGUCCUGAUCCGUGAGGAAAGCCAAUGGAGUGUUCUAGACGAGAGGACAAGUUAGGCCAUUAACCAUCCAAGCGGUAGUGAAAGGAGUUGGACUUGAACCUAAACAACACAGAAGCUGUGAUUUUCAAUGUAAAGAGAGACAAAAUGACCAGAGCAUGUAUAAAUGUAUCAAAAGUUAAAGCAAUAUCAGAAAGGAUAAAAAAAAAAAAAAGGGUGAAGCAACAAGAAAAGACAA